AUGAUGUCUCCACCACCCGGACUUCCCAAGAUGGAGUAUAGAUUUCUCGGUCGUUCCGGACUUCAAGUAUCAGCUAUCUCUUUGGGGGGAUGGCUAACUUACGGAGGACACGUUGAAAAAGAAAACACAUUUGCCUGCAUGAAAGCAGCCUAUGAUGUCGGAAUCAACUUCUUCGAUUGUGCUGAGGGUUACGCUGGAGGAGAAUCUGAGAGAGUCAUGGGCGAAGCUAUAAGGAAGUUUGGCUGGAAACGUAACGAUCUGGUAAUCUCAACGAAGAUUUACUGGGGCAGUGCCAACGGGGAAAAUCCGGUCAACAACGUCGGUCUCUCGCGAAAGCAUAUCAUCGAAGGAGUGGAUGCUUCUCUCGAACGCCUGGGUCUCAAAUACGUAGAUUUAAUCUACGCUCAUAGGCCUGACCGAAACACGCCUAUAGAAGAGACGGUACGUGCUUUCAACCAUAUUAUCAAUACGGGUAAAGCGUUCUACUGGGGAACGUCUGAAUGGACUGCGGAAGAAAUAUCGUCAGCAUGGCGCUAUGCUGAUAAGCUGGGACUGAUUGGCCCUUUGAUGGAGCAACCUCAAUACAAUAUGCUCGCCCGAGAAAAGGUUGAGAAGGAAUAUGAACGCCUGUACGAGGAAAUCGGGCUUGGCCUUACAAUCUUCAGUCCUUUGAAGAUUGGAAUCUUGACAGGGAAAUAUAAUGAAGGCAUCCCAAAAGAUUCUAGAUUAGGGUCCAGCGAUGAUGACUUCGUCAAGAAUAUGAACAAACGUGUCGGGGAUGAAAGUUGGAAGAAGGAUAUCGAGGUCGUUGCGAAGCUCAAGCCGAUUGCGGAUAGACUCGAGAUUUCACAAGCUACGCUGGCUAUGGCUUGGGUCUUGAAGAACAAGAAUGUUAGCUCAGCAAUCACCGGGGCCAGUCGUCCGGAGCAGGUUUAUGACAGCGUGAAGGCUCUAGUUGCAGUGGAAAAGUUGACUCCCGACAUAAUGAACGAGAUUGAUGACAUUCUUGGAAACAAGCCUACCUUAUUGACAAGGAGGUAUAGUUGA